AAAAGUAUGCGUUUUGAAUUGUCAAAAAACUACAGUUACAGUGACGAGCGAGUAGCGGGUUCAGUAUCAGUGCCUUAUCGUAAAGCAACACCAAGGUUGUGUGAGGUGGGAACCGGGAGUAGCAGGACUUAAGGCCUGGAUUUGGCAUUUAAAGGGAAGGAGCAUUGUGGCAUCCCUCUCCUCCUCUCAUGUCCCCUCCCUGUGUGUCCUUGGAUGUCAGUGCCCCCUCGUCAUCCCCCCUGUGUCUCCCCCUGUCAGUCCUCUGGGUUCCUCCCCCUCAUGCUUGGGACAGAGGGACUUCACUGUCAGACCAAUGACUGCCUGGAUCAUACUGCCCGUCAGCCUGGCUGCCUUCUCUAUCACUGGGAUAUGGAUAGUAUAUGCCAUGGCUGUAAUGAACCACCAUGUCUGUCCUGUCGAAAACUGGUCGUACAAUGUGACAUGCACAGCGGAAACUGCUAAGCCAGGCUUCCCAAAAACAUGUUGUACUAUUCAAGACAUCCCCCUCAUCAGCAAAUGUGGAUCUUACCCUCCGGAGAGCUGUCUGUUUAGUCUUAUCGGCAAUGUGGGAGCUUUCAUGGUGAUUAUGGUGUGUCUGCUUCGGUACGCUCAGAUCAUCGAGCACAGGAACCACUGCUGGCUCAACACAAGUGGAUUGGUGUCUGGAUGCACCAAUGCUGUGGGGCUGGUCAUAGUGGGCAACUUUCAGGUGGACCAUGCUAAAACACUGCACUACGUAGGUGCGGGUGCUGCCUUCCCAGCAGGCAUUCUGUUCAUAUGUUUGCAGUGUGUGUUGACCUAUCGGGUGGCUGUCACCGCUCUGGACCACUGGAUGGCUCAUGUACGCGUGGCACUGGGCAUUGGUGCCCUCCUUGCUUUGGUUCUCAGUGGAGUAUUCUUCAUCCACGAGAGCUUCAUGCUACAGCACGCGGCAGCCAUCUGCGAGUGGGUCUUCACCGUAGUCGUCCUUGUAUUUUAUGGAACUUUCACCUAUGAAUUUGGCACCGUCACAACGGACACCAUGUUGGCCGGCCUCCAGCGCAGUUUCUCGCAUGGGUCUAGUGUCAUUAUUGGAGACGACGUCCAAGUAGGGUCCCUGGGAGGUAGUGCAACAAAGGGGUUGAAAUCCCCAGGAAGCAGUACCUCCACCCAUCUGAACUGCACUCCUGAGAACACGGCAAUGCUUUAACCCUUUUACUAUCACACACAUCAGCGCACGCACACACACGGUCAUGUACUGCCGGGUGGGAGGCCUUACACUUGUGAUCGGAUCAGAGGCAAAGAUAAAACAAUACAAGUGUCGAGAAACCGUCCUGUUAACGUCAAUAAAGAUUAAAAUUCAAUUGGGUUUACAGGUGUUACCGUUCAUACUGACAUACAAUUUGAGAUUUUGAUAAGAUUUGUCCACCUAAUUUGUCUUUAUUUCUUGCAAGAUUUUGUUGGACAGAUUGGAUAUAUUUUUAAAUAAUUGUGGCAGAAUAAGUAUUUUUAGCUCUAUUUUAAGGCUGUUGUUUUUGUAGUGUGGGUCACAUGGUUAGUGAGGUUAGUUUAUUUUGCUUAAACUGAUGCACUGCGCGAUUGAAAAUAUUUUAACAGUCACGUUUGCACAAAUGUUUCAGGGGUGUGUCUCAUUCAGCUUGCUAAUAGAUGAUUUGCACGUAACACAAUUAAAUAAAAUUCAUUUCACUUUAAUAGUUCAUAGAAUUACAGACUAUCAGAAUUCAAGUAUUAUAUUUUCAAAUAGUGAAUGUUUAAAAUGUGGAUGGGGCCGUACCCUUUGUGCACCAUCAUUUUGGAAUUCGAAAAAAAAAACGAUUUUAGUUCAAAUCUAAUUUAAACUCUUAUAUUAAAUUGUAAUAUAAUACAAAAUAAUUUAUUGUAAAUUGUAUUGGUGGCCUUUUUGUUAAUUUAGUUGGCUUGUUUCGAUCCUGUUUUAUUUUUGUAUCCUGAUGAUGAUGUGGAUCUUGUUUUUCCACUUGGGGGGAAGUGAUGUAAUGUUACACCAGCUGUAAUUCCGCUCUUCUUGUCGUUUAAUACAUUUUAGAGUUAGUCAAAUUUUUCUGUACCUUUACGGCAGGUACAGGUGAAAGUUUUUUUUUUAUAUAUUUCUUCUUUCAAAUUAGUUUUUUAUAUUGCCUCUGUCUUACGGGUCAUGAUAACCAUUCACAAAAUGUCACAUCUGGUCACACAGUGACUGCAUGCAUAUCUUUAUACAUUGUUAACAGUCGUUUUGUGCAGUUUCGUGCAUAACUACUCUUUAACCGGUGUUGAGUGAGUUAUAUUUUACUUAACCACAAAGGUUUUUUAUUUUGUUGUUGCCAAAGGAUGCAUUUCACUGUAUGCCUUUUGAUUUGAUAACUUUCAUGGAUGCCAUUGUUUGUUUAGUUGCAGGACACAGCCAGUGAUAAAGCUGCGUCAUUUACAAAAUUAUGCCAGUGCAGUACAGCAAUAUUAUUACAUUUAAGAAUGAUUAAUGAAUGACAAUUAAUCGGUCUCCAGGCUGGAACCUAGGAAACCAUAUUUGUACUUUCUGAGGGUUAAGUGGUUAUGGUGGCCUUAAUGUUAUUGUAGUAUCUGUGUGAUGAUUUCAAACUGUCGAUCAAAGGGUCCUGAUCGCAGAUUCAUUAUGCUUCGAUGUUUAAGCUUCACACAGUAAUUUUACUCUCUGUAUGCGUUUUUCAGUGGGACAAAUACGUUUUAUGCCUAUGAUACCAUUGUAAAUUUAGAUGUGGUCUCUCUAGGCACCAUAGCAUUAUGUGUUUAUCUUUGUUGUCACUAUUAUUGGAAUAGAAAGCUGCUCUCACGCAUUUAUUUCAUUGCUACCUCUACAAUUAUUAGUUGAUCAUUACAUCAUACCCAAGUCAACUCAAGCCAAACUGCAAACGUUAUAGAGGAACAGUGAAAAUAAAUAGUAAAAAGUUUUUUUUUAUUGUUUGAACCUAAAGAUGUUGUCAUUUCUCAUUUAAUGCCUGUUUUGUCGCAUCAGUGUGUAACCGAUGUGAUGGACUACAACAGUUAUUAUAAACUACAUGCAAACUUUACAUUUUAUUUAGUGCACAUAUUAGCAAUCAUGUAUAGGUCACUUUAGGGCAAGAAAUUUUGUUGGGAUUUCAGACUUUUCUUUUUGUUCAGUUUGGUAAAUUGACUGAUAUUUUGAUUACUUAUUUUACCAACACUUGCAUUAUAUGUACUUGCCAGCCUACACACAUUAUUUGCAUUCAGAUAUAUUAGGUUAAGUAUCACUGCAUAAAGAACGGCCAGGCACUAGUAAGUAAGUAUUUUUAGUCAGAUAAGUAAAAUUGCUGGCUUUGGUUUAUGAUGUUUCUUUUUUCUGACUUUCAUUUGUUCAAUAGAAGUUAUUUUUCCGAUGCCUUUCAAUGAUGUAGUUGACGUAUUUUUUAAUCAACACAAUGUCUGUUGGGAAUGGAACAAUGAUGUAAGAUUCACACUCCAAAAACGAAACAAUGCAAAGAAUAUUUUUAUUUUAUAAAUAUACUUAUGUACUCAGAUUUAUGCAUCAUUUCAAUGAUUUCUUUUGACAAAAGAUUUAUAUUGAAUAGCUACCAAAACAUCCAACGAGAAUAAACAAGUGUAUAUGUA